GCAAGAAAAAUCUGGCAUGCAUUUUGGUUUAAACAUGCAAGUUCUUGGCGCAUAUUUUGAAUUUGAAGUGUAAAAAGUAACGGAACUGGGAGAUCUCUUUUGGACAUGUACAUAAUGCAACUAUAUUGCAAUAAGGGAAAAUUAGUGUUCAACACCCAGUUAGCUGCAGCAAUCAAUGCCGAGACAUGCAUUCUGACCAAAGAAAAAGGAUCUCCAGAUCCUCUUCCUUCAGACUUAGACAUCUCAAGCUUUUCUGCAAACACAAAUUCAACACUUUCUUACAAGCAGCUUCCAAACUGUGAUGAAUGGCGUGCAGUUAGGACGCAUUGAACAUCAUGAGAACGGAGGAAUCUUGUCUGGAUCUGAAUCAUUCUCCGGAACGAAGUGGUGCUCCUGCUGCCGCCGUAGUCGAAAUGAAACAAUGGCGACCAGAUUAUUACGAAGAGCCGCCGGAUCCAAUUGACUCUUUCCCUAACAGAGCACUGAAGGGAGGGACUACAAAGAAAGAGUGUGAAAAUUAUACUAUUAAUGAGGGCAAGGAUGAGGAUGAGCAAGGGCAUGACCGCAUGUUGAGGCAAAGGCAAGAGCACAAUAAUAGGCCGUUAAGGACAACAUUGCCUUUAACAAAUGACCUUCAGGCUCCUGGUCCUGAGUCAGCAUGGAAUAUGUCUCAAUCUCAAAUUGAUGCGUCCAACAGUAGCACUGCAGACAGCGAAAAAUUAGAAAACAAAAAGCGCAGGGUCGAAUCAAUCGAGGAAGAUGCGAACAAUAGGCCGUAUGAAUGUAGGUUUUGCGAAAUGAAAUUUACGAAAUCACAGGCACUUGGUGGACACAUGAACCGCCAUCGCCAAGAAAGAGAACGAGAACAGUUACAGCAAGCACAGGAUCUCCUUUAUAACAAUAUGCAUAACAACAUACAGCAAGGCGGAAGCUUGACAUCUAUCUUCCAAAGCAGUGGGAUUCCUAUUUCUAAUUUCAACCAGAGGACAUCUUCACUUCCAUCCCACUUUUCAGGAACACAAUCACAGCAGCAGGGCAGUAUCUACCAUCAAUCUCCCCUAGCCUGGAGCCAGGGAAGUUCCACCAUUCCAUAUGCACAAAUUCCAAACGCCACUAGUUUUGCAGCAAAACAAGACGACUGGCCCUCUUUAGGUAGAUCCACAGCCUUUGCAACUCCCCUGAACGAUAUGUCAUACUUGUCUCAUGGGAGGAACCAAGAUUUUCUGGGAAUGUCAUAUGAAAGGAAUACCCAAUCGACAUCUAAUUUGUUUACUUCAGAACCCAACACGACAGGGGUUUUACCAAUGCAGAGAAGCGGAUUUCUUCAGAGGCAAGGUUCAGGGGUGGGGGCAGGGUCACAGUCUUCCUCACCAGUAUCUGGACUGACGGAAAGACGAUUCAGUCCCACUUUUCACCAUUCUGCAUCUUACCCAUUUCUAGGUACAGAAUACAACCUUUCUAAUGCAGCAGGCGAUGGUUCAUCACAACAUUUCAAUUUACACGGGGGUUCUUCUAUUCAAGGCAAUUCAUUAAUACCAACUCCAAAUUCAGUUACUCUUCCUUCCGCUGCUGCUGCUGAUGUUGCUGGGAAGAGCACAAUUGGGGAUUCGUCCCAGGAGUUUGAAAACUUAUGGUUUUAUUCACAACAGAAAGCAACAAACGCAAUGAACUUCAUACCCACUGAUGAAUUCGGCCUGUCUUUGGGUUCUGAUACCUUGGCCAAUGGACCAGUGCCAAACUCUCAGGGACCUGGACUUGGCCUACCUAGUGAAAAUUCUGCCAGACAGAGAAUCAACAUGGCCGCAGAUUCAUCUUCCAUCUCAUUCGGGAUUGACGAGAUUGACAGCAAAUACAAUAAGGGAAUUCCUAAACAGGAUUCUUGAUUGUAUAUUUACAGAAUGUUUAGUUGUUCCUCUGAACAAGGACUGAUACUUACAUAAUGUUUAUCUGGAGCAGUACUGACAGAUGGUUAUUAACAUUACUCUCCGGGGUCUAUUGAUUUUAAACUAUGUGAAGCAUUUGUAAUUGCUUACACAACUAAAUAUUUUUUGGCCCCUUUCAAUAUAGGUCUGCAGAUUUAG